AUGCCAGGGCAACGAAGAAGGCGCUCUCUUAUGGGACGUGGUAGCGUGUUCCCCGGAAAUGAGCCGAGACCACCUAGUCACAAAAUCAACAACCAGCAGCACCGCAACUAUGUAGGAUUUAAUCGCCAAGCACCACCGCACCCAAAGCACCCGGACCUAAAGCAUCCGCACCUGAAGCACCUGCACCUAAAGUACCCCAAGCAUUCUACCACUGUAAGAAAUUGCACCAAUAGCUCAUGUAAGCCUGGUAGUGAUGUAGCGGAAGACAUCCCUAUGCAAGAUGCUGGAAACUGCUUUCUAAUGCUACAAGUGGCUGAUUCUGUGGCCCUGUUAACAGUCCCCCGUAACCUGUGCCACCCAAUGGUGCGUGGGUUACAUGACAUGCCCCUUAAAACGCAUCACACCUUUGUCUUCAUCAAUCAUGCCUCAAACUUGCAGAUACAGUCGUUUAGCAAGCUGUCGCAAUGA